AACGACCAGAUGUUCCAGAUGACAGUGCCGGUGUGAUCCCAGCAUCAGUACCUCAUACUGCAGUAACAGCUUGCGCACCGGAGAGGUGACUACGCACUUUGGUGGUUGGCCUGCUGGUUCGUCUAAGCGAAAAAAGAAGAUCUGGAUUAUAAAAAAAGCUCGAACCCUUCCGCCAUCAUGCGCUCACCACGUGAUAUCUUCACAUUCUACGACUCAACCACCAAGAUAUGGCGGGGCACCAAUAUGCAACCCAUAUACAAUCCGAACCAAACACUGGGAGCCCUGAUGAUUGCCACCCUGAACCACAACCCACAGCAGAUAGCACAAAUCAGUGCCGACACCGGUGUUCGAGUGACCUGCGGCGAAAUGCGCCUUCGAACGAUCCGUGCGGCACAGAACCUUGCGCGGAUGGGAUACGGCAAGGGGAACAUCUUCACCAUGGCCGUGCGGAACGAGGAAACCGUGGCCCCGGUGCUGUUUGCCUGCUUUGCAUUGGGGAUUCCUGUAAACCUGCUGGACGCUUCCUUCCAGCGGGAUGACCUGAGUCACAUGCUCAACACGGUGCGACCACAGGUCAUCUUCUGCGAUCAGGAUACUUGGCCGGAAAUGGCGGCCGCUGUGAAGAUGACCAAGCUCCAGACGGAUGAUGUGUUCAUCUUCGGGGACACCGGUGUAGAAGGUUAUAGGCAUGCCAACGAGCUACUAGUUGCGACAGGGAAGGAGGAUGUGUUUGUGCCGGAGUACUUUGAGGACGCUGGAUCCCGACUGGCCGUAAUCGUUUGUUCAUCCGGUACGACCGGUCGACCCAAGGGCGUCUGUCUAUCCAACGGCAGCAUCAUAGCAAACGUCAUCAGCAUGACCGAGAACUACUCGUCGGAUGUAAUGCUCUGCUUCAGCUCCCUCUACUGGUUGUCAGGACUGUUCUUCCUGUUGGCAGGAACUGCUGCCGGAGCAACACGGGUCAUCACCAAAGAAGUCUUCAAUCCGGCACUUGCGUUGGAAAUAAUCGAAAAAUUUCGAGUCACUAUGGCAUUCUUCCCGCCGGCUACCGCCCUGCAGCUAUUGAAGCAUCCGCGUGCCCCAGCGACUGACUUCUCCAGCAUGCGGCUGUUGUUCUGUGGAGGAUCAGCCGUAUCCGCAGAACUCAAGUACGCAUUGGACAAGUUGAUACCGCAAUCCACCUGUAUGGUGGGCUACGGUAUGUCGGAAGUUGCUGGAGUUGCCACAUUCAGCGACGCACAUACCUACAAAGCAGGCUCCACCGGAUACCUGAGGUCUAUGGUACAAGCCAAGAUCGUCGAUAGCGAUGGCAGCGCUUUGGAUAUUGACCGGGAAGGAGAGAUUCUGUUGAAACCCGAGUUCAAAUUCUCGGGCUACUACGGAAACGCUGCAGCUACAGCCGAAAUACUGGACGAAGAAGGUUGGAUGCACACCGGAGAUAUUGGACGGUUCGACGAGGACGGACUGUUAUACGUGGUCGAUCGCAAGAAGGACAUCAUCAAGUACGGUAACUACCAAAUUUCUCCAAGUGAGCUAGAAGGAGUCAUCCAGACGAUUCCUGGAGUGGUGAAUUGUUGCGUUGCUGGAAUACCGGUUCCGGGAAAUGAUCUACCAGCUGCGUUGAUAGUUCGGAAUAGCGAGGAGAAGGUCAACGCUGAGGAAGUGCACAAAGUGAUAAAUAGUAGUUUGGGUAACUACAAACAACUUAGAGGAGGAGUGUUCUUCACUAAGCAACUUCCAAUGACCCCCUCUGGAAAAGUUCAACGGAGGCUGUGUCUGGAGAUUUUGAUCGAUCUUUAUAAUAAUUCCAAUAUUUAGAAUAAUAUGAGAUCAGACCAGCAUCUUUAGAGUUCCGUUAUAAGAAAAACAUCGUAAGUACACCUAAAA